UCCAUGACGACAGUAAACAGGUCUGUCAGUGUGACUUACACACAGGUGAAACAUUAGCCGGACAGGGAGAAAGAAACCACACACACACACACAGGCUCCCUGGUCCGGACAGAUGGCGGAUCCACAGCGAACAUCUCAGCCCAGCAACUUUGUGCAUCAGGAUGAAAUCUGGAAAGCACACGUGAAAGCUGAAAAGGAUUCCGCUAAAGUGUGGCCCACCAAGUGGGGUUUCCUGACUGAGGCCUAUGAGGAGUAUGAGAAGGAGAGCGUGAAGCUGAAGGAGGCGGUCAGAGCAAAACUUCCCCAUCACCUGGCAACACGACCACCGACCCCUCCAGAAGAAUACAUUCACGUUGGCCCCUCUCCUCCAAUUCCUCAGACAUCUCAGGCCUUCAUUGGCUGGCGUUCAGGUCACUCGCACCUUCAGCUGGAAAAGUAUGGAGUGGUGCAUUAUGGGAGACGUAUUUUCCCAGAGGAGCUCGGCUGACCUCUCGACACUCGAGCCAUCCUUGCAUGUAGUCCUGACUUCUCGCGGGCUCAGUAUUGACUGUUGGGAUUACAAACAGACUGCGUAGAUAAUUGAAGUGACCCAUAAGGAUGUAGCAUUAAAUAAACACAAAAAUGAAAUCAA